GAGGAGGAGAAAACGGAGAAGGUGGGGGGUAUUAAUUAUAAUCGAGUCGUUUAUGCGUGGCACCAGUGUGGAUAACAAACAGCUAGAUGUUAUGCAAUUAUUCAUCUCAAGAAAAAUUAUGAAUUUGACAUUUUUACUUUAAAUAUCGAUUUUUAACAAAACGCGUGUUUAAUGUAAACAUUUUUUGGCGAUUUUUUAAAUUGAGCAACAUAGCCAUAGAGGCACAUCUUGGGGUGAAUUGAACGUAACCAUCGUCCAUACAUCGAGGAGGAAGGAAUAAUAUAUUUUGAUAGAGGUUUCAAGGCGUGGAAAGUGCGUGAAGCAGCAACCACUCAUCCGGCCUGUACUACCCUGAGAAGCCAGGAGCUGGAGUUUGAAGGUGCAGAAGACUCGCUAUGGCGGUAAAUUUGGACAAGGAAGCGUACUACCGCCGAAUCAAGCGCUUAUAUAGCAAUUGGAAGAAAGGAGAAGAUGAGUUUGGCAAAGUGGAUGCCAUGGUGGUCUCUGUUGGGGUGGACGAGGAGAUUGUGUACGCCAAAUCCACUGCCCUGCAGACAUGGCUGUUUGGCUAUGAGCUAACCGACACCAUCAUGGUGUUCUGUGAGUCUAAGAUCAUCUUCCUGGCCAGCAAGAAGAAGGUGGAGUUUCUUAAACAGGUGGUAGUCACCAAGGGCAACGAGAACGCCAACGGGGUUCCACCAAUCACACUGCUCGUCAGGGAAAAGAAUGAGAGCAACAAGGCUAACUUUGAGAAGAUGAUGGAGGCGAUCAGGGCCAGUAAGGAGGGCAAGACUGUAGGUGUGUUCAGCAAGGACAAGUUCCCCGGAGAGUACAUGAAGAGCUGGAAUGACAUGAUCACUGCUGAGGGCCUGGAGAAGGUGGACAUCAGUGCGGUAGUGGCCUACACCAUGGCUGUGAAGGAGGAUGGGGAGCUGGCUUUGAUGAAGAAAGCUGCAGCCGUCACCAGCGAGGUCUACUCCAAGUUCUUCAAGGAGAGGGUCAUGGAGAUCGUAGACGCAGAUGAGAAGGUGCGCCACAGUAAGCUGGCUGAGUCUGUGGAGAAGGCCAUUGAGGAGAAGAAGUACCUUGGGGGAGCAGACCCCUCCACUGUGGAGAUGUGCUACCCCCCCAUUAUACAGAGCGGGGGCAACUACAGCCUCAAGUUCAGCGUCGUCAGUGACAAGAACCACAUGCACUUUGGGGCCAUCACAUGUGCCAUGGGGAUCCGCUACAAGUCCUACUGCUCCAACCUGGUGCGGACCCUGAUGGUGGACCCGCCACAGGAGAUGCAGGAUAACUACAGCUUCCUGCUACAGGUGGAGGAGGAGCUGCUCAAAGAGCUCAAACAUGGUGUAAAGAUCUGUGACGCGUACAAUGCAGUGCUGAACUACGUUAAGAAGGAGAAACCAGAGCUAGCAGCCAAACUCACCAAGAACCUAGGGUUUGCCAUGGGGAUAGAGUUCAGAGAGGGCUCUCUGGUCCUGAACAGCAAGAACCAGUACAAACUGAAGAAAGGUAUGGUACUGAGCAUCAGCCUGGGUUUCGCUGACCUGGUGAAUAAGGAGGGGAAGAAGGAGGAGCAGAAGAAAUAUGCCCUGUUCAUAGGAGACUCUGUACAGAUCAACGAGGAUGAUCCAGCCACAGUUCUCACGCCGGUCAAGAAGAAGUUAAAGAACGUUGGAAUCUUCCUAAAGAACGAUGAGGAAGAUGAUGAGGAGGAAGAUGCAGACGAUGCAGAGGAGUUACUGGGGAAGGGAGCGCGUGGACAAGCUUUACUUCAGGACAGGACUAGGAACGAGAUGACGGCAGAGGAGAAGAGGCGGGCUCACCAGAAGGAGCUGGCAAAUCAGGUGAACGAGGAGGCCAAGCGACGUCUGACGGAACAGAAAGGAGAGCAACAGGUCCAGAAGUCCAGAAAGUCCAAUGUCUCCUACAAGAACGGCUCUCAGAUGCCUCGAGAGAAAGACAUUCGAGACAUGAAGAUCUUCAUCGAUAAGAAAUACGAGACGGUCGUCAUGCCUGUCUUCGGCAUCGCCACCCCUUUCCAUAUCGCUACCAUCAAGAACAUCAGUUCGUCGGUGGAAGGAGACUGGACCUACCUGAGGAUAAACUUCUAUGUUCCCGGCAGCUCUCUGGGACGCAACGAGGGCAACAUCUUCCCCAACCCUGACGCCACCUUCGUUAAAGAAAUUACGUACCGGGCGUCGAACCUCAAGGCGCUGGGCGACCCAACGGUCCCGUCCACCAACCUCCAGAAUGCCUUCCGCAUCAUCAAGGAGGUGCAGAAGCGCUACAAGACCCGGGAGGCUGAGGAGAAGGAGAAGGAGGGCAUCGUCAAGCAGGACUCGCUGGUCAUCAACCUGAACCGCUCCAACCCCAAACUCAAAGACCUCUACAUCAGGCCCAACAUCGCCCAGAAGAGGAUGCAGGGGUCGCUGGAGGCCCAUACCAAUGGUUUCCGCUUCACGUCCGUCCGCGGGGACAAAGUGGACAUCCUCUACAACAACAUCAAACACUCCCUCUUCCAGCCCUGUGACGGAGAAAUGAUCAUUGUACUGCACUUCCACCUCAAGAACGCCAUCAUGUUUGGUAAGAAGCGUCACACGGAUGUGCAGUUCUACACAGAGGUGGGUGAGAUCACCACAGAUCUGGGCAAGCACCAGCACAUGCACGACCGCGACGACCUGUAUGCCGAGCAGAUGGAGAGGGAGAUGAGACACAAGCUCAAGUCUGCCUUCAAGAACUUCAUCGAGAAGGUGGAGACCCUCACCAAGGAGGAGCUGGAGUUCGAAGUGCCCUUCCGAGACCUCGGGUUCCAGGGCGCCCCCUACAGGAGUACCUGCCUGCUGCAGCCCACCUCCAGCUCCCUGUGUAACACCACUGAGUGGCCUCCGUUCGUGGUGACUCUGGAUGAGGUCGAGCUGGUUCAUUUUGAGCGUGUUCAGUUCCACCUGAAGAACUUUGACGUGGUGAUCGUCUACAAGGACUACAGCAAGAAGGUUACCAUGAUCAACGCAGUGCCCGUCAACUCACUUGACCCCAUCAAGGAGUGGCUCAAUUCCUGUGAUAUCAAGUACACAGAGGGGGUCCAGUCUCUGAACUGGACUAAAAUCAUGAAGACUAUAGUGGACGAUCCAGAGGGCUUCUUUGAACAGGGGGGCUGGUCCUUCUUAGACCCGGAGAGCGAGGGGGAGGGAGCGGAGGAUGACUCUGAGUCGGGGGAAGAUGAGACCUUCAACCCCUCGGCAGACGAGAGUGAGGCAGAGGAGGAAGACAGCGAUGAAGAUUAUGACUCAGAGAGCGAGGACUCUGGUAAUGACUACAGUGCAUCGCUGGGUAGUGAAGAGGAGAGUGGUAAAGACUGGGACGAGUUGGAAGAGGAGGCCAGGAAAGCGGACAAAGAGUCUCACUAUGAGGACGCGGAGGAGACCUCGUCGGCCAAUAGGAAGAGGAAGGGCCGCUCGUCAGCCCCGCCCCCCAGCAGCAAGAAGAAACGGCGCCACUGAAUGAUACCAUCACCACCAUCAGACAGUCUCACACACACACACACACACUGCCAAAACAUUGUCAAUUCGAUCACCCUCUCCUACCGUUCAUCUUCGCUCUGUCACUCCUCUUCAUUUUCUCUCAAACAUAAAUACACACACACACACAGAAAUACAUACACACACAGAAACACACACUAUACAAUGUGUAUAUAGAGGUAGCACCCCCAUGCGUUUGUAUUAGGCAUUGAGUGUCUUGAUUAAAUGGGCAUAUCAUACCUGGCAACCGACAAACUCCAUCCAUCUUUUUUAUUCUGUUCUAUUCCUUCCUUCCUCCUCCCUUUCCUUUGGCAACUCUCACUCCCCUGUUUUCAGGGGCCAGGUAUGUAUGUGUGUGUUGAAAGGUUUUUUUAUUGCAAACUAUUGGUUUUCUGGUAAAUUGUUUCUAAACUAAUAGAUAUAGUAAGCAGUGAUGACUUAAGAUGAGAUACAAUAUCGUCUGCCAAGCGUUUUAUAAGACUUUGUGAAAACUAAGACUACUCCCUUUCCUUUCCUCCUUCCCCAUCGCUCUGUCACAAUCCAUUUAUUCCCUCGUUCUUUAUCUUCUUGGACGUAGUUUAUUUGUUGAAAGAUUUAUGUUAAUCUUUUGGGGGCAGAUAUUUAAUAUUCAGUUUUGAAUCCGUUUUCCAAUUCCUAUUUGUUAUGGGGGUUUGUACAGACAGACACACAGACACACUCACAAAUCCCACACUGUCGCACUCUCUUUCUCUCUCUCCCUCCCUCCUUCCCUCCCUCUCUCCUCCUUUCUCUUUUUGUUCAUACUGGAUAGGUAGACUGUUGUAUUAUUAAUUCAAAAAUCCAGAUUUUCUUUGUUUGGGUAAUAAAAUUAAAAUGAA